CGCAAGGCUGUGGUGGUGACAUGUGGCCCUGUCACCCCUAUAAGGGGGACAAUGAGCAGAGCUCCCCAGAGCCUCCAGUGUCCCACUGCCAUGUGGCCCUGCCUGCUGCUCGCUCUGGCCCUCCUGGGCACUGUCCCUGCCAGCCACCCUGGUGAGUGUCCCCCUGCCCCAGUGAGUGUCCCCCACAGCCCUGCCCGCCCCCAGGAACACCCUGGGAUGUCCCUGCCACCCCGGCGCCGUGCCCACCCCGCUGACACCACAUGCCUGGGGCUGGGGCUGGCAGAGGGACCCCAGGUACCUGUCCUCUGCCCUGCAGCCCCUCGCCAGCUGCAGGGGCUCCCUGCUGGUGAGACCCCCCCGCUGUACUACACCGUGGUGAAGAAGCUGCGCACCUAUGCCAAAGCCCAGCGCUACUGCCAGGACGUGUACCGGGGUCAGCUGGCCUCGGUGCACAGCGCUUCCCGCAACCAGGAACUGCACAAACUGGCACGAACCUACAAAAUUAUCAUCUCACCCUGGAUCGGAGCCGUCACCAGCAAAAGGCAGGCAGGGAACUGGGAGUCCUACUGGGAGGACUCCAGCCCCUGGAACUACGCGAACUGGGCGCCCACCCAACCCUUGCACAUUGUCACCACCUGCACCACCCUCAGCGUCCGAGAUGGGCUCUGGAGAAGCCGCUUCUGCCUCCAGCUGCGCCCCUUCAUCUGCCAGUACUGAGCCCCCAGUGCUGCCAUGGCAUCACAGCUCCUUUCCCAAUAAAGCAGAGGUGCCCUGA